UCGUCUACCUACGUUUGCAAGAGUUGAAAAACCAUUUGCACGUUGUUUGCUGUAGGCGAAGAAUCGUGAAAUGAGGUGGUAUCAUAUUAAUUCAUCGUUAAAUGGUUUAAUAAGAAUUGUGACAAGCUAAAAAGGAGAGCAGUUUUAGAGUCCAACAAAUAAAGAAUCGGAGGAGGUUUGUGCCCUAACAUUCUGUUCCAUCGUCCCGGGUUGUUCGAGUGCGUGAAGCCUACCCGCCACGACCGUGAAAACAGUGUCAUGAGCGGAGGACGUGAACGACGCACGUCACCGCGACCGAUCACCGCGAUGGUCGUGACCGCGGUCGCGGUCGCUAUGUGGUCGGCGUGCCCCGGCACCGAGGCGGUACCUGACUCCGAGCUGAAGAUCGCGUGCGAAGACAUGACGCCCCGGCAUCCGGGCUACGUGCCGCAGAACUGGCAGCACGUGCCCUGUCCAUACCGGCUGCUGGUGGACACGGUGCCCGUGCGGCCCGGAGACCUGGUCAACCUCACACUGGUCUCCAUCGAUGAUUCGAUACCGUUCAAAGGGUUCAUGGUCCAGGCCAGGGAUGCCGACGGUUACGCGCUCGGCACUUUUCUACCCGACUGCAGCAAGGCGGGCACCAAGCCUCAGCACAUGAUCAGCUGUUCCAAAGGCAACGAGCCCUACAACGCAGUGGUUCAUUCAAAUAACAAGAAUAAAUUAAAAGCUUUUUUCACGUGGGUGGCUCCAAUUUCAAUCAAAGGUCCAUUAAUAUUUAAGUACACAGUCGUGCACGAUUACAAACAUUUUUGGACUAAUGAAGAAACCGCCGUAAUUCCAGUAUUAGAAAUCCCACCCGAAGAAUAUGCCAUCAAAAGCUCUAUUAAUCACGAAUACUAUAUUUACCAAAUGUUCAUCAAAAAUUGUUAUUCGUAAUAAACGUUUGACAUGGAGUUUUUA